UCAAUAACUGAAAAAUCAGUUAGCUUCUGUUCUGCUCCACAAACUGGAACGAUGGCAUCCAAGUCACCACCGCCGUCGCCGUCUUUGCUCCGCCGCAUCGUCGAUCUCGACACAGCCAUCUCCCUCCGUCUCUACACACUAACUCAUCCAAUCCUCCCUUAUUACUUUCUCAAAACCCUAGAAAUCUCCGGCGACGGUUUCCUCUUCUUCCCUUUAAUCCUCUCACUACUCCUCUACCCUCUCACUCUCUCCACCACCACCGAAACUAGUAACAACAUUUUCCUAAUCAACCUCCUCCUCGGCGGAAUAGUCGACCUAAUCGUAAUCGGAUCCCUCAAACACCUUAUUCGGAGGCCCCGACCCGUUUACAACAAAAACAUGUUCCUCUCUUUUUCCGUUGACCAUUGGUCCUUCCCUAGCGGACAUUCAUCUAGGGUUUCAUUUAUAGCCACUGUCUUUUACCUUUACUCCGAUUUCGUUAAGGAUAUAUUGAUUCAGCUUAAAUAUGAUCUAUUUGUGGAUUAUUUAAUGCUUAUUGUGAUCGGAUGGGCCGCAACAACGUCGUUGUCUAGGAUACUUCUUGGCCGUCAUUUCAUGUUCGAUGUUGUUGCUGGUGUAUUUUUGGGUGUUCUUGAAGGGAUGUUUGUAUUUUGGAUUUUCAAUUAUGUGACUUUGACCUCAUUCUUGAGAUGAUAAAGUUGUAAGCUUUAAUCCUUUUUGGUUUGUGAUUGUUAAUGUUGGCGUAAAAUUUAUAUGAAUGUUAGAAAUUUUGUCUCAAUUUGUAUCUCUCUUAAUGCUUUACUGUGUUAAAAGGCAAAUUAUUGAGUAUUAGAAUGACACUGUGCAGCGAUGGAGUUAGGAAUUUAUACGAGGGGAUUCAAAAAAAGAAUAGAAUGUCACAUUUGGGAUUUGACGCUGUGAUAGCAAUUUUUGAACCUUCUUUGCCACUUCACUGUACUUUUACGCAUAUCAAGGGGAUUCGGGCUUAUAUGUAACAGAAAAGUUUGUUUUUUUCCCUAUUCACACAUUGUAGUUUUUCAACAAAUUGAAUUCCCUUCACUCCACUUAGCUCCUCCGCUGAUACUGUGGAUUCAUAUAGCUUAGCCAACCCUACUUGGUGUUGGGAGAAAUUUUGUUUUUAUCUCUUAAUAUGCUUGUGGCUUCUCCCAAGUCUCAACUGAAUUUGCAGAUCCUGUGAUGAGAAGGAAAGGUGUAAACAUUAUGUUUUUCCUACUUAUCAAAAAGAAAAUAUUACUACUAUUGUGUUUUUCCUUGAAUUCAGAAAAUUCUUAGCUCAAACACUUGAUCUUAUGUAGGCCUCAAAGUUUUCUAACAGGAUCAACUGUUCAUGUUCAUUGAAAUUUGACUCCGGGAGUACUGAUAUCUGACCUUUAUGCAGACUGAAAUAGUUUUCGACCAGCAAUUGACAUCAGUAGGAACCUUAAACACAAUAACCUUUAUAUAGACUGAGAUCACUUCUGGUUGGCAAUUAUCUAUGGACUUAAGCUCAUGAUGCUAUGCUAGCAUGAAUGUCUAUUCACUUGUAUGGAUAUGUCAAAUCUUCUUGAUUCUUGGAGAUGUUUGGUUAUUGCAUAAUCAACUCAGGGAGAAAUUGUGCUAUUUAUGAACUGAGAACUCUUCUAGAAUGCUCACCAUUACAAGGUUUAUUCCGAAACUGCAAACUGUUUUUGUUUUUAAUUGAAACUAUUACACCACUCAUAAAAUAUUGCUUCAGAAAAUUCUAUUAACUCAGAUUUAGCUGCAUUGAGCUCCAUUUCUACAUUGUUGGUUGACUGGUGACAUUAAGUUAAACACAUCUUGGAGUUUGCAUCUGUUUUAUUUGGUCCAAUUUUUGGCCUAUGUUAUCGACCCUUUCGUUGUGGUUGAAAAGCAUUACAGCGCCAUCCUUUUCGUUCCCACGUUAAUGUUUUGUGCUUUCUCCAUUAAACCAUGUGAUGUAGUCAUAUAUUGUAAUGCUUCUUGGUCAUCUCUAAAGCAAUUCUCGGGCAGUUGUUGAUUUCUGGAGUUUCUCCGCGGCUAUUUUGAAAUUCAUGCAUCUUUCAUCAAGUGUGCAAGUGAAGUGGUUGCUUGGAAUUUUUGCUGCUCCCUUUAGAUGUUCCGUGUUCUUCCUACUCUAGAGUUGCUAAUUACUCUGAUAAUCCCCAGUUAAUUUUUGAUUUUUUCUGUUUGGCACAUUUGACAUGAUCUGGAACGUUUAUCUUUUACAGUAGUAUAGAACAUGGAAGACAUAAAUGAACAGAAUUCUUCAUUUUCAUAGUUGAAGUGACAUCUAUGGCUGAAUCAUUAUGGGCUCUAUGGAGAACAAAAGGAUCUCAGUUAACUGUGUCCCUAGUUGUUGAAUCAAAUGAACACUGAAACUUCCUUUCAUCUAAUUGUCUUUCACUGAAGUCUCAUAAUUGUUUUUGUCUGUUUUUUGUGUUCACAUGAUUCAUGAUUGAUUUUUCUAUGUUUUUGCUGUAGCAGUUUUAUUAUUAUCACGUUGCUCUGCAGAACUAUAUGUGGUCCUGUCAUGUUUACUUUGAGUUCAACUUUCAUGAUAAGCUAGGAACAUUACACUCUAGGUCAGUCCAAAGAUAGUAUUCCAAUUGUUGCUUUCCUUAAACUUUUUUACAACAUCUCCAUGUGGUGGUCCUGCCAUAUUCAAACUCACACCCCUAGAUGUUUAUCUGCUAUUAUUCAUGUUGAGUUAGUCAAAAAGUAGUCUGGUUUACUAUUGUUACUUGGAACUUCUGUGUCUUCUGAUUUGUUCGAAAGAUUAGCUGGAAGUUCAGUGGGUGUCAUUGGACCAGCUUUGUCAUAGCAAGCAUCUGCGCUUCUCUCUGGCCGGUAAUGCAUGGAAGUGAAGAACAACAAACCUCUGGGUCAGCUUGCAUGCACGUCGACUAUUCUAUUGAGUAUUUAUUACUUCCCACCAUCACAGGUACAUGGUAACUCUGUCCACCAAGGUCUAGGUAGAUUAUUUUUAUAAUUAUAGUCUUCUCAAGUUAUAUGAUAUUAUGAACAUAAAAUGAAUUUUACUUGGUGGCUUGAUGCAAUUUUAGAAAAUGAUCUAUGAUGCCAAAACCCUGCCUCCAGAGUCCUUUGAACAUGGAAUCUUGGUCUUGGUCAAGGUCAAAUUUUGUGGCUUAGUUUGAAAAUGACCUAACAUUGAGACAUGGCUGAACUCUAGGAAGAUUGAUAAUGGUUACUCAAUUUCAGACCUCUGCUUUUCUCUGUGUUUGUAAUGCAGGGUCUGCAUUAAAUAUACACUGUUAGGGCAA